AACCCUAACCCUAACUCUCUCCCCAGAAACCCUAAUCGCCGUAGUAGCGAAUCAGAGAGAGAGAGAAGAUGACGACCCGAUUGAAGAAGCACAGGAAGAAGCGCGGCCACGUGAGCGCCGGGCACGGCCGCAUCGGAAAACACAGAAAACAUCCCGGUGGCCGCGGAAACGCCGGAGGAAUGCACCAUCACCGCAUCCUCUUCGACAAGUACCAUCCUGGUUACUUUGGCAAGGUCGGCAUGAGGUACUUCCACAGGCUUCGCAACAAGUUCUAUUGCCCCAUCGUCAACAUCGACAAGCUCUGGUCUCUCGUUCCUCAGGAAAUCAAAGACAAAGCCACUCCCGAAAACGUUCCUUUGAUCGAUGUUACGCAGUUCGGCUACUUCAAGGUGUUAGGUAAGGGCGUGUUGCCUCAGACUCAGCCUCUGGUGGUCAAGGCCAAGAUCGUGUCCAAGACUGCUGAGAAGAAGAUUAAGGAGGCUGGUGGGGCUGUUGUUCUCACCGCUUAGGUUUGGUUUGGUUUUAUUGCAUCUUUAACAUAGUUGAUUUGUCGAUUAGGGUUUUAUGAAUUUUUUUGGGAUUUUAUUAUUGCGGGUUGUACUUUGAAGUAUCGGAAUUUUUGGAAUACUUUUAAUGUGAACUUAUUUUUGGAUCUGUUGGUUGAGGUUAUUUUGAUGGGAAAAUGCUAUAGAUAUAUUUAUGGUUUUGGUGA